GGAAAUUCCUUUUUUAAGGCUCCUCUAUUUUGUUUGGUUCUCUUAUCACUUGAUUGUUGAAUUGCAUGUGGUAUGGACGUGCAACGUUUUUUUUAUCAUGGAGAUGUGGUCUUGGAAGAUGCUUCCUUUUAUUGUAUUUUGGUGAAUCUAGAAUGAAAGAUGUUGUAGAAUCUUUGCAAGCAAGUCUUGGCAGAUUGACAUGUUGUGUUGGAGAAUCCUUUUCAUGGCUCCAGGAUGGGCAAUGUCUUCCCUUACUUUUAGGAUGUCUCUUUCUUUGAAUCCAUUCCACCUGGGAGUCCUUUUAUGCAGGUAUGGGGUCAGAUUCAUCAAGCAAGUUAUUAUGUUGAUGUUGAUACAACAGACAGGAGGAUCCAAAAGAAGAAAGUUCGGUGCAAGAACUCACUCAGAUGUUUGUCCAAGAGCUGGCUUUGAUGAAUCAUCUAGUGGUGGUUUGCCUUCGAAUAAUUACAGAAGACGCACAGGAGAAGUUAUCGGUAUAGCUGUCCAAUAUGCAGGUGGACUAUUGAUCCUCGCAUCCAUUUUCUAUCUAUGGUGGAUGAAGGAUGCACCUGGCCAUAUGCGAGUGCACACAGACUCACUAAGAUUUGUAUUUUCAACAUUAUUGCAAAUUGUGGUAAUUGAAUGAAUGAAUGAUUAUGUAGGUGGUGAAUGAAUGAAUG